GUGGGAGAAGUCGGAACGGCCGAUGAUUAUUAGCUGACUUGAGUAUGCCCGGAAUUUUGGUUAUAACGGAUAGUGAUUUAUUUUUCACCUAAAUGCAAAUGCACGAGGCGUCGCUUGUGCCCUUCCGCGACAGUAACCGUAGUAAGUGAGCUCGUGCGCGCUCGACGUAGCAUGCAUCUCCACUCGGCAAGUCACCCGAAGGUUCUCCGCGCUUAAUUGGCCUACAUAACCGCAUAAUUAUGAAUUUGCAAACGCUUUUUCAAGACUUCAAUCCAAGCAAAUUUCUGGUGCACACAUGUCUGAUGAUAUUCACGUCUCUGUUCGCCCUUCGACUGGACGGCUUCAUCGAAUGGAGCUACUGGUCGAUAUUCAGCCCGAUAUGGUUCUGGAAGGGCAUGGUGAUCCUAGGGGCGAUAGUCGGAAGCUACGUCUGGUGGCGGCAUCCCCAUGCGAGAUUAGAAGGGGACGCCUAUGUACAUUAUAAAGCGAUGCUGAUUACCCUGGCGUUGCAUCUAAUCCUGUUGAUGUUCGAGUUGUUGGUGUGCGACAAAUUAGAAUCCGAGAGGCACCUGUGGAUACUGGUCUUCAUACCCUUGAUUUUCAUCUCGAUCGUAUCGAUUGCGGUAUGCAUCUGGGCUGUAAAACACGACCGGUCGUUCGAACUGGAGCUGUUUUGCGCGGUCAAUGUACUGCAGUUCAUCUUCCUGGCUCUGAGAUUAGACGGCUUUAUAACGUGGAGCUGGGAGGUUGUGUUCGUGCCGCUGUGGGCACUUCUUUGCUUAUCCUUGGUGGCUGUUUUGUACGCGAUAGUAUUCGCCGCCGUUUUACUGAGAACGCCGCAGAUCAACGCCCGUCAGAGGCGGACCUCCCUGCACUCGGCGGUGGCGUAUACAUUUCUCGUCGUUCCCAUUUUAGUGUUCCAGGUACUGCUAGCGAAUAAACUGGACGGAGAUAUUUCAAUAAAUUAUAUAACAGUGGCAUUGCCACUCCUCCUGUCGCAUAUGACUCUUAUUUUUAUGUCCUUUGGUGCAAAAGGCGGAAAUAGAUGGUGGUUUGGUAUCAGAAAAGACUUUUGUCACUUCCUGCUAGGUUUAUGUCCAUUGCUUCAAGAAUAUGGUAAUAUUUCGUAUCAACCAAGGGACGAGCGAGAUCAACCACCAUCCGAGCCAAUGAUUACGGAAAAGAGCGAGAAGCUUAUUAAGAAAAUCGACCUAAUGAAGCCUGUUGUGCCUAUAAUUUCUAUAGACAUGCCUGACUGAUUGGCUCAAAACAGGGUUAGCUCGGAUAUUUUUAAAUUGUUAUUUUUACUGCAACUGACUUAUACAGAGGCCAAAUAUCUACUAUAAAAUAGUCAGGCCUUAUUAAGCAAAAAGAUCGAAUUACACGGAUAUAUACGUCGGCUGGGAUACAAGACUGAGCACCUCGCAUCUCUAGAGUAGCAUUGUCAGGACGCGUCAGAAAAUAUAGAAGAAAAGAGUGGUUUGAAUAAUUAGAAAAGUGAUAUUGCUGUUAAUGUUGCUGGACAUCGUAAUGUUGAAUGCCCAAUCAUCUAUUAUAUUAUAAUGUAGAUAUAAUGUAUAUACAGACUGUUAUAUCAUAACAUUACGUAUGAUGGAUAUUGAAUAUUACACGGGUCUGCCAUACACGACGAUGGUGGAUAAGUGCUAUAGUAUAACGUUACAUUAUUUUAUAUAUAUAUUACAUCUAAAAAAAAACUACUCUUAUAAUCUAAUAAAGUUUCUAUUUUUUGGUAUCAACAGCAACGAUCAAUUAAUUUCUGAGAUACCGCUAAUUUAACAUACAGAACGAUAUUGAGCGUGAGAUGUCUCGAGACUAUAUUUCGGAUUUUUAGUACUUUACUGCAAAUGUUAUAAGCAUUAUAUAAAAGUGAAUAAGUUAAAUUUUCUGUUCGACAUUGCAACACCUUUGUAAGUUAUUAUGUAAUCUGUGAAAAAUAGAAAAGUACGUCGUGAAUA